AUGUACCAUGAGGACUUGGGCCGGCAUGCAUACACCAGGCGACCACGACCUGGAGGAGAGUACCCUUAUCAGAGGGAAUAUUUGUAUUAUGGCGACCGUGGUGAAACUUACCCGGGAUAUGCAUAUGCUCCUCACCAUGAGAGCACAGGCUAUCGCGAUGCCACUGGGAAUAGGCGACCGUAUUAUCGUGACAUGCGGUACGCAGACCAUGAACUUCUGGAUGACCGCUUGCGUGGUCCUCCCCCACCAGACAUACGUGGAGAAUACAUGCAUCCAACCAGUUGUGAGGGUCAUGUUGGCUAUCAGCGUGCAUAUCAGCAUGAGCCUCCUCGAGCAGAUGGACACCAUGGGAGCAGGAGUCCCAUUGCCAAUGCACCACCUAGUCAGGUGACGGUGCAGGAACAACCUGAAGGAGGAACCAUUCCAAGGUAA